UGAUAAUUAAGUAUAUUCUAUGUUAUAUGUAAUUUUUUCAAAUUAAACUAUAUAUUAUAUUUGUUGAGGUUAUUACCGAAAACAAUAUAUAUUAACAAUGAAUAGCGAAGUUAAAAUUCUCCAAGAAGAGAAUAAAGAGAGAGAGUAUUUUUUUUCGGUCUUGAAGACUUUUAGCAGCUAUAGAGAACAAUCUUUGUUGAGAAUUGAGAGCAAAGAAAAAACCGUUCAGAGUUUACCUAAACAUCACAGGAAAUGGUUGACGAAAUAUUCAGAAGAUUUGAAAUCUUUCAAAGCUUGUAUCGAAAAGAAUUCCCAGUUGAUUCCCAUAAUAUUGAAAGAAGCUAAAAACAUUUUUGGCAAUAUAUAUUGCACAGAUGGAAACAGUCAUUCGGAAACUGAAGUAGGAACACUAACAGAAGGAUUGUAUAAAGUCCAAUCAGUAUUCAAACAGCUGAUGAGAGAUUGGAGCUCUAUGGGUUCUUUAGAACGCGAACAGUGCUACCAGCCGAUCAUCGAUGAAAUUGAAGAACAAUUUCCGGAGGAUAAAUUCGAUCGUAAAAUGAUUAAUGUACUGGUCCCCGGAGCUGGGUUGGGCCGACUUGCUUUUGAAAUUUCAGUAAGGGGAUUUGCAUGUGAAGGAAACGAAUUCAAUAUGUUCAUGCUUGUGGUUUCCUAUUUUGUGCUGAACUUGUGUAAGGAGGUUGACGAGUUUGAAAUUUUUCCUUGGAUCCAUCACUAUUGCAACAAUUUGAAAGCGGAAGAUCAGAUGAUAUCUGUAAGGUUUCCAGAUAUACGUCCCAUGCCGACACCAGGAGGAAGAUUUUCCAUGACAGCAGGCGAUUUUCUGGAAGUGUACACCGAUCACAAUCAAUGGCACUGUGUCGCCACAUGUUUUUUCAUCGAUUGUGCCCCCAACGUCGUGCAAUUUGUUGAAACAAUUUACAAUAUACUCAAACCCGGAGGUGUUUGGGUGAAUUUAGGACCACUCCUGUAUCAUUAUUCGGGUCUGAAAAAUGAGAAAAGUAUUGAGCCGAGCUUCGAAGUUCUGAGUGACAUAAUUAGUAGUAUAGGUUUCGAAAUGGAGAAAUGCAGCACCGGUAUCAAGACUAAAUACUGCCAAAACCCCAAAUCAAUGCUAAUGUAUGAAUAUGACAGUGUAUAUUUUGUUUGUAGGAAGUCCAUUAAAAUCAAUAACGGCGAAGGAGAUUAUUGACCUUAUAAAUUUUUAAUUUUUUUCACUGCUUUUCUCAUUAUUUUUGAAUUGAUUUCUCUCUAUCUCUUUAGAAUAAAUGUUGCUUUAACUGAAUAAUGAAAUGUGAUAUUAAUUCCUGUAUAAAGUACAAAGAAAAUAUAUAAAAAGAAAGUACAUAAUUA